AUGAGUGAAUCGAUAUCUGUUGGUAAUGAAAUCAAAGAGGGUUUUCCUGAGACCAAUAAAUGGGUUCAAAACAACGUCAAAUGGUUAUCGACUGUGGAGUCCUUUUACCAUGAAAGAUCUAAGCUUGAAAAGGAGUACAGUGAAAAAUUACGUCAAUUGACCAAGGAAUACUUUGCCAAAAAAAGCGCUGAAACUGUUGCUUUAUCUGUUGGUAAUUCUCCAACUACCACACCCGGUUCUCUUGAAUGUGCAUCACAAGUGGCUUGGAAUGAAGUCUUGUCUCAAACUGAAUUAAUAGCCAAAGAUCAUGAGAAGUUCUCAAAUGACAUUGCAUUCCACAUCUGUGAGCAAUUGAAAACUUUGACGAACCGAUGCAAUAGCCUAGUGAUUAGUGCUGAAAAGUUGAAUGCUGAAGUUUCUGGAAGAAAGACUACAUGCUAUGAAAACUUAGAGAAAGCUAAGAAGAGAUACUACGAUUCUUGUCAAGUUAUGGAAACAGCCAGAUCAAAGAGUUCUAAAUCCAGCUCUGAAAAGGCGCAGAGAAGGCAAGCUGAAAAAGAGCAUGAAAUGAACAUCAGCAAAAAUGACUAUCUAACUAAAAUCAACCAAGCCAAUAGAGUCAAGGACAAAUACUUUUUCCAAGAUGUGCCAGAGAUCUUAGAUAUCCUUCAAGACAUCAACGAGUCGAGGGCUGCCAUGUUAAAUAUAAUAUGGAAUAAAGCAGGUGUCUUAGAGAGAGAAUUGAAUAAAACAAUUGAUUCGAGAUUGGAUGCAGCUGAUUCAGUCAUAGCCAAAAAUAAACCUUAUUUGGACACGUCAAUGUUCAUAAAGCAUAACAUGAAAUCAUGGAAGGAACCCAAAGAUUUUCUAUACGAACCUUCGAGUGUAUGGCACGAUGAUGAACAUUUUGUUGUUAACUCCCAGGUUGAAUUACAAGAUUUGAGAGUGAAACUAGCGAAGGCUCAACAGCAAUUGCAACAAACUCAGUAUCACAUUGAAUCAGAGAAAAAAUCAUUGGGACAGUUGAACACUGACAAAUGCAACUUAAAAGCCCAGGAACAGUAUGACCCGAUGCAAUUUCAAGAUAUUCUAAAAAACUACAUUUCCUCUGUUUCAGGUUUCACUGCAUUGGAGCAUAAAAAGCUUGAAGCUGAAGUGGAAGCUGAAAGUAUUCAAAACAACGUUGCUGAUGAUUCAGUCUUGGACACCUCAGAAGUUGAUCUAUCUCAACCUGAAAAGAAACACGGGCUUUUGGGGAAAUUUAAACAGAACCUGACAAUAUCGUCUACCCUCAACCCAAUAGCGACGAAAACCUCAACAAACAACAAUUCUGAUACUAUUUCAAUGGUAUCUGCAGAAACACAAGCAUCCAAGAAGUCGAAUAGAUUCUCAAUUUUCAAGAAAGUUGGUCGCUCAAAGCGAACUGAAUCGACCCCAUUCGAUGAUGACUCCGUAUCAGUUGUUCCCUCCAAUGCAGAAAGUUUCACACCAUCUCAAGAGGUGUCAUACAACAAUGAUGACACUGUGAAAAACACUCCUACUGGAAUUAGAGCCAAAGUACUCUAUAGUUAUACGAAAAGUGAUGCUGAUGAAGUAUCUGUCAAUGGAGACACUGUCGUUACUGUCUUAAACAAAGAUGCCGGUAACGGAUGGUCAUUAAUUAAGUUGGAUACAGGCGAACAGGGCCUGGUUCCUGAAACCUAUAUUCAGUUACAACAAAGUACCACUCCAUCAACUAGUCGUGCACCACCACCAAGGGCUCCACAACCUAGAAAGAGUGCUCAAAAGACUAUGACCGCAGCCUAUCCAUACCAGUCUCAGGGUCCAGAUGAACUUUCCUUACAGGUUGGAGAUAAGAUCAAGGUAUUAAAGGAAGAUGAAGGAAACGGCUGGACGUUUGGUGAGCUAAACGGGACACAGGGCUUGUUCCCCACCACUUACUGCUCCUAA